AUGGCUAGACGCUCAGCAACCCUCCUGACGGUGCUGGCUCUGGCGGUCACGAUCGACGGCUGUUGCUCGACGUGCUUGGCGCAGCCGCUUGUCGGUGCCGUCGACGCGCUCAACUGGACAGCGUGCGCGGCGACGCAAUCCGUCUGCUGCUUUGACGACGUGUGUCAAUCGUCUGUGUUCGGGGCGCCCAACUACAACGUCGCGCAGCUCACAUACGCGGCGGGCAAGGCGCAGAUUCCGAGCGGCACGUGGCUCCAGCUCAAUUGGCCAGCGGCGACCAACGUCAGCUACAUGGUGCUCAAAACCGGGCAGCCCAAGACGUCCCAAGUCUUCAACACGAGUCUACCGGCAGUCUUCAAGGACAACUACUUCUCCAUGUGUGCAAGCGUCGUUGGCGCGCUCUACUUUCGAGGGUUUGCAACCAACGGCUGCCGUGCGUCGCAAGAGAUGGUCGUCGAGAUCAUUCCAGGCAACGGCACCACGUGCAGUGCGAUUCCGAGCGCGCCAGUGUUGACCAGCGACUGCGAUCCGGUCCGCGGCGCGGUCAAAAAUGGCGUCUGCGAGUGCAUUGCCGACAAGUCGGGCCCGCCGCAAUGCCUCGGCAACUCCCCGGUUAAAAUGGCUGAAGAAUACGCUGGCAUUGCGGGCGCUGUGGUGUCCAUCGUCGGUGCCGGCUACGGUUUGUACCGCCAGCGCCGCGCCAAGCACUUGAAGGAACGAGCAACGACGAUCGCGCUCGAGACACCCCCGGUUCUGAGAUCGCCACGAAAGAACACCGCCGACGUUCCAAAGCAGGUGGUGCACUGCGGCGGCCGCAGCGACAACCGGCAUGACCCGGUCGAGUAUUCGUUUUAACCAACAAGUCUAUUGAGCCCUCAACAAUUGAUCAAGGGUCCAUUCCCAGUCUAUUGAAUGAAAAGCCCUCAACGAUUGCUUCACCGCAGCUCUGGGCUCUUGCUUCUGAACGACGACUGAGAACGCAUCCAUCUGCAAGUUGAAGACGCCUGGUUGCCGUCUUCGAUUUUCGCCGAGUCGGAGAUUGCCGUAGCGAGAACACAUACUAGGAACAAAUACAGAAACCCGUCGGUCCAAGGUCUCUGGGGCUACUAGGAUACAAGAAAUUCU